AUGAAAGGAAACUAAAAUUCUGCCAGUUCAAAGCCUGGAGUCUUUGCAGGAUCUUCAUUUAUUAGGAGACCUACGUAGGCAACCUCUAAAUAAAGAGAGGAUGAUAAUGAAGAUUACAAUAAUGCCACUGACAAGCAGAGAUAAAAUCAGAAUACUUAUAAUUCUUAGAAUGAUAUGAUGGAUGUAUCUGAUUCUUCUGCUAAUAGGAGACAAAGAAGCAGAAAUUAGCAAAGUAAUUUGAGUUCGAGCAGUGGAAAUGCAAACUAGAUAAAUAAAUAGAAUACUAAAAAGAGAAAAUUGCAAGAGAUAUAUGAGGACAAUAGAGAGGAUGAAAUUACUACAAUCGGUGAGUCUGAAGAACUAUGGACUCAGAAAUACAUUCCAACUUCGCUUGAUGAACUUAUCAUUUAAAAAGCAAAGAUAAGCGAGUUUGAAAGAUUGCUCAAUGAAUAAACUCUUAAGUUGAUCAUAUUUACUGGACCCACUGGAAGUGGAAAGAAUACCCUUAUAAAUACUUAUUGCAACCAAAACGAUAUUCAACUUAUUAGAUAUAAAUUCUAAAACGAGUCGCGCUAUUAUGAUCUUGAAAUAGAUAGUGGAAUAAGGAACUUCGGAUAAACAUACCCUAGUGAUCUUGAGAGUUUGAUCUAUUUUAUCAGAACAAAUGUAAUGGUAAGCAGUUCAAAUGCUAGUGCUGGUCUAAAGAGAUCAAGAUUUGCUUCAACUAAGACAACUUCAACUCUAGGAGGAGACCAACCUGUUCAUAAACCAGAUGAUGAGUGUCAAUUCUAGUUGAGUUACAGAAUGAAUUAAGAGUAUGGAACAUCACCUAUUCAUUAAAGAAAAAUCUUAGUCAUUAAUGGUAUCCCUGAAUGUCUAACUAUGUUUACACCUAGAAGAUUUGAGUUUAUCAGAGAUUUCAACUAAGCUGUUUAAAACGUAGUCUUUUCUUAAAAUCGGACUCCAUUAAUAAUAUUCACACUAAGUGAGCAGUAGGAGAGAUCUAUGUCUUUUAUUGUCAAGAUAUUUGGAAAAGAGAUUGUAUAACAAAAGGAUAAAGCUGUGGCAUUUUUCAACCUAAAUCCACCUACUGAAAAGGGAAUGGACAAGCUGCUUAAAAAUAUUGCUUUUAGUGAAAAUUUGAAUUAAGUUAAUGAAAGAUUAAUUUCUGAAAUUAGAGACCAGAGUAACAGAGAUUUAAGAAAUGCUAUUACCACACUAUAAUUCAAAGCAGCUGGCAAAAGAAAAUCUGAAUUUAUGGAUAGAUCUAAAAAUUCAAAGUAACCUAAAUCCAAUAACAGAAGGAACAAAGUUAUUACUGAGGAGGAUAUGUAAGAAGAAGAAAAAGCUGUAAUGUCCCAAAAAACAACCUCUGCCAAAGAAUAAAAAGAGUCCUUUGCAAAAGAUAAUCCCUAUUCAAUAUUCCAUGGACUCGGGAAAUUUCUAUACAAUAAGAGAAUUAACCCUGAAACUCAAAAGAUAGAGUAAUUAUCGCCUAGUAAAAUGAUGAGAAAAAACAAACCAAAGCUUUACUUUAGUCAUAAAGAUAUACUUAAUUAGAUUUAACUUGAGCCUAAUUCCUUUUGUCUCUAUCUUCAUCAAAAUAUGCUUGAAUUUUUCAACAGUGUUGAAGAUAUAGCUAAUGCAUUAGAUAUUUUCUCUUUAACUGACAAUUUAGAGACAAGAGUACCCUUUAAUUACGAUACCCAUGCAUAAAUUAAAGAAUUUGAAGAGUAAAAUGCAAUUCUAAAAUCAAUGAGCAUCACUGAGUGUAACCUUCAUGUGGGAGGCCCUAAGAAUUCUCAUUUGUAUCAAAUGCAAAAGCCUUAAUUCUACGAUUUUACUAAAAAUCUUAGAGAAAAUAGAUAUCAAAUUAGGUCAAUGUCUAAAGAUUAACAGAUUUUAAACAACAAAUUAGUAUCUGAAGACCUGCUAUUAAGAUCUCAAAAAGAGAUAGUUAGGAACAUACUUCCAUAUAUGAAGUAAAUGAAUCAUCCAGCCAUUAAUGAUGUCAAGGAAAUCGCUACUUUUUCAAUAUAUGGACAUAGUGGCAAUAGCUGGAAUAAAAAUGGUAAUUAUGAUAGAUCAAAUUUAGUUGGAGAAGAUGAGGCUAGAGAUAAUUUCUUUAAGGAACAAGAAAUCGAGGAGAGACUGUAAAAUAUUAAUAAAUCUAAAAAAACAGUUGGUUAUGGAUCUACUCAAAGCACUACAAAUGUAGGAAAUACAGUGAUGCUGAUAGAAGCUAACAGCUGUUAUAAAGCAAUGACAAACAAUCCUAAGUCAGCUCCACAAGACUUUGAUGAUAUAAAUGAUUCUGAGCUCGAUCUGCUUUUAGAGGACUUAGAGUUGGAAGAGGAGAUAUCUGACUCUGAUAAUGAUAUGAAUUGA